CUUGAAGGUUAUUUCUUCCCACCACCGCAAUUAAUUACUGCACGGUAUUCAGCCUCCAGCAGGCUCCUCACUCCAAAUGGCCAACAACGACGAGAGUGAAGCUGUUUCAGCUCUCACAGGCUUCUCUCUCAACAACAUCCUCGGUGAUCUCUCUCUUCCCACCGGCGGUCUCACAAACCAACUGGGCCUCUCUGGAACUGAAUCCUUCACCGCAAACCAAAUCUAUAACGACAAUUACGACGAGGAUGCAGUCGGCCUCGAUCAGGGAGAAGAUUGGGAGGCUCAAAUUGACCAAGAGAUGGCGGAAGAGGCAAAGACGGGGAUAAAAGUCGAAGCCGAAUCCCUUAGCGGUGGUGGUGGUGAUGGGACGAUAAAGGAGAAGCAGAAACGAGUUAAAGUUGUACGAAGGCUAGUUGAGAGGCCCAAGAGUGUAUACGAACGAUUUCCUGCGUUUGAGAAACAUAAAGUUUUGGAUUUCAGUGAGCUGUUCAAGGGAUAUACUGUUCACAAGUCGAGAUUGGGGAAACGGCCGUUUCACGUGGAAACUGUUUAUCCUCGCAAGAAGGAGGCACCCAAAGGUUUCCUGGAGUCUGUGGCAGGAGACGCGAAACGGAUAGUCGAGAGCAAACGUGUUGAAGAAGUGAUUUCUUCAAGCAGCAUUGAAGCAGACUUGCGUCGUGCCUUGGAGGUUCAGGAUAAAUCCAACUCAGCACACUUACACGAUCGCUCAUUCGACCUCGUUCUCCUCUCGAAUUGGGAAGACCAGAUCAUCUUUGAACCAGAUCCUUCAACCUUCUUCGCCAGUGGAGACCUUUCCGAAAAAUCUCUUCAGAAGAACCUGACCACUCCCGUCAACAAAGUUCUCGAGUCCGGCGCUUGGACACAAAGCAUCAUUUGGGGACCGAAAGAUCCUUUCAGGGACUUCACGCAACUAGAGCUUAAUCACGAAGAUGAAGUAGUGCCUGAGGAGAAGAAUGCAGAACUCGUAAGACCGAGGAAACGUCUUCGAGCGGAAGUUGUUCCCCGUGAUAAAUUCAACCUAUCGAACGACCAGUUUUAUGAGGUUGCUAAAGAUGGUCGACAUCGUGUUCGACAAACCUUUGGACAACUCACUGUCGAGCACGCUUACCCAGCUCAGAAGCUUCAGCUACCUUUUUUCAAGACCCGUUUGUCAAAACAAGAAGCCCGCUCUUUCCACCGACCUGCUCUCCAAUUCCCUCUCAAUGUGGAAAUACGUUUCAAUAAAGUUCGUACGGCCAAAAAGAAGAAAGACAAAGCGGGUCGCAAACUCGGUAAGGGUGGUAAUGUGUCUGAAGGGCUGCAUACGACCGGUGAUCUAAGCCUACGUGACACGAGUAAUUUCGUUCUCUGGGAGUACUCAGAAGAGCAUCCUCCUAUCACUCCCAAUUUCGGGAUGGGGAGUGUUUUAGUGAAUUACUACCGUAAGAAGGACGAGAAGGACGAACACAUACCGAAGUAUGACCUCGGAGUUCCAUUUGUCUUGGAACCCCAAGACGAAUCCCCUUUCAUGAAGUUUGGUUAUGUCUAUCCAGGCCAGACCGUCCCUGCCCUUUACAACAACCUUGUCCGCGCCCCCUUAUUCCGCCACAAGGCUAAACCAACCGACUUUCUCGUCAUCCGAAGUAGCACUUCCAAGAGCGAGCCCAAAUACUUCAUGCGCGAAAUCAAAAACCUUUUCGUCAUUGGCCAAACGUACCCUGUAACCGAAGUCCCCGGUCCUCAUUCACGAAAAAUCACGAAUACCAUCAAACACCGCUUACAAAUCAUCGCCUACAAGCUCCUGCGGAAAUCAGCAGGGGAACGUUUGAAAAUAUCUCGACUUAUGAAGUAUUUCCCUGAUCAGAACGAGUUGCAGAUGAGACAACGGUUGAAAGAAUUCAUGGAAUAUCAUCGGCGUGGGGCGCAUCAGGGCUUUUGGCGGCUCAAAACAGAGCUGAAUAUCCCUACUGACGCGGAGAUGCUGAAGAUGGUGGAUCCUGAAGCUGUUGUCUUGCAAGAGUCGAUGCAAGUCGGGCAACGGCAUCUUCAAGAUUCAGGAUACGGAGAGACAGCUGAUUCAGCGGACGGGGACGAAGCCCAUCUAUCUGUGGAACAGCAGUUGGCACCUUGGAUCACGACAAAGAACUUUUUGUACGCCACUCAGGCGAAAGCUAUGCUCAAGCUUCACGGCGAAGGAGAUCCUACUGGUCGAGGGGAAGCCUUCAGCUUCAUCCGGAUCUCGAUGAAAGACAUCUUCGUGAAAGCCGGGGAAGAUCCAGAACAGAAGUUGGCUGAAGCCGAGAACCGCCCAAAAUCCGCUCAUCGGUAUAACGUGGCUGAACAACAACAGAUCUACCGGUCUGAAAUCGAACGGAUUUGGAAGGCACAGUACGACUCGCUCAGUAAAAAGGAGGAACCCAAGUUGACCGCUGAGGACGAACAACGAGACGCGAUGAAGAGAGCUCAACUGGCGGCACAGCAACAAGCUGCCGCUGCCGCUGCUGCGAGUCGUGCUUCUUCCGUUGCAAGAGACGGGAGUGUAGAUCCUGAAGCAGGGAAGAAGGUACUUAGGAUCAAGAGGCUGGUCGAUGGGAAAUGGGAAACAGAAAUCAUCCGGGACCCAGCCGUCAUACGAGCGUAUGUGAAGAAUCGGCAGGCGAUUGAAGAAGAAAAUACGCUUACAGAUAGCUUGGCGCCGACUGGGGAUAUUGAGAAGGAUAAGAGGGCGAAGAAACGACUUGAGGAAGAGCUUGCGAGGAUGAAGAAGAAUCAAGAACGUCGCUUACAUCGGAAGAAUGCGAAGAUUGUCAAGGAAGGUGGGACCCCGUUGCAGUUGAACAGGCCACUUAAGCCUGAUACCACCAGACGUUGCGGCAAUUGUGGUCAAAUGGGACACAUGAGUACCAUCCUUUUCCUCCCUCCCCUUCUCCCAUUUACUGAUGCGUUCUAAAACAUCAGAAACAAACCGCAAAUGUCCCCGUUGGGCCGAAUUCAACAGCGGUGUUGCUCCAGCAAGCCCUGGGAUACCCUCUGCGUCAAGUCCUAUUCCCAGUGGCGUCGGAAGUGGGAUGAUGGGCUUUAACUCUGGCGUCCCGGCUGUUUCGUCGCCAUUGGCUACGAGUCCGCCUAUGACAUUCAGUAAUCUAAGCGGUGGUGGGGAGUUGAGCGGAGGAGAAGAUGAGGACGGCGGCGGCGGUGGUGGAGGGGCCGCAGCACCGAAGAUCAAGUUGACCCUCAAGAAGGGAUGAGGAUCAGGUCGUGCUCGCAUACUUUCCCCUCCUGUAUUGUACGCUGAUUGUGCUUGGAUAAGUGUUUUUUCUGUCCAUGGGGAAGAAGAAAGAUAAGGAAGAACACGUGUCCACCAUCCCAGCUAAGAAGAAGUUGCUGCCACUAUAAUACUCUAGUAACGACGCUGCAAUGUGCAAGCGGUCUGGAAGGAUGAUUUGUGAUGUGUCCUCUCCACCAACCCCAUUACGAUAUGCAAGGACCCCACUAUCCGUUGGCCACUCUGUUUUUUUUUUUUUCUCCCGCC